AUGCUCUUCUCGUUUGACGAGGAUCCAGAACCUCCCGACCCCGUGGGGAUCCCCAUUCCCAAAAAGGGAAAGGAUGCAAAUCUUCUCCAGCCUCUGCUGAUCAACUCGCUUCUGGUAUCGGCCGGACCCCACGAUGGUUUCAAGACAGGGUCCUUCAAGGCAGGAUCGUUUAAAGGAGGCAGUUUCCAGGACCUCCACAGCAACACCGCCCGGACGCGGCGCCGUUCGUCCGUGUACCGCCGUCUUUCAGUUCGGCUGACCGGAUCCACCGCUGGUAUCCCGAUUCCUUCAGGUUACACAGACGAAAACGGGCAUAAAAAGAGCCUCGGUGACUUUGUUCCGCUUAGAGUGUUGGGCCAGGGCGCCUACGGAAAGGUGCAUCUUGUCAAGGAUAAACACAACGGGCGGCUUUAUGCCCAGAAACAGAUUAGAAAGCCCCAGAUCGAUCUCCACGACGAUAAGGGUGGAAACGAUAAGGGAGUCCACGUGAGCCAUGUCCAGAGAACCCUAGCAGAACGGCAGAUCUUGACGCUGGUCACGCAUCACAGUAAUAUAGUCAAGUUGUUCUACGCGUUGCAGGACCAGGACCGUUUCUACUUGCUUUUGGAGUACAUUCCCGGUGGAGAGUUGUUCUACCAUUUGACGCUGGGCAACGCGUUGGGCAAUGUUUUUAAGGAGGAUCACGUUGCGUUCUAUGCUGCCGAGAUGGCGCUAGGCCUUCGGCACUUGCACCUGUUGGGGAUAGUGUACCGGGACUUGAAGCCGGAGAACUGUUUACUCAAUGCUGCUGGCCAUCUUGUACUCACAGAUUUCGGUCUUUCCAAGGCCAUUUCUACAGACGACGACAGUGCCUGUCGCUCCAUUAUUGGAACCCCUGAGUACAUGGCUCCAGAAACAAUCAAAGGCGAGGCUUACGACUACGCCGUGGACUGGUGGCUGCUCGGAUGCGUGAUCUACGAUAUGAUGACGGGCAAACCGCCAUUUACAGGGAAACUGCACGACGUGAUUACCAAGAAGAUCCUCCUGGCCAAGCUCAACUUGCCGUUCUACCUCUCGCUUGAUGCGAAGGAUUUGUUGAACAAGCUCCUCCAAAAGAAGCCCGAGAAGCGGUUUCAGGUGGACGACAAAUGGGACAACUUCAUGAAGCACCGGUUUUUCCGUAAGAUCGACUGGCUGGCGCUCGUGGACCAGGACGAGUCCGUGGUGCCACCCAUCAUUCCGACCAUUUCCGACCCCGAAAUGGCCGAGAACUUUUCCGAGGAGUUCACCUCGAUGAAGGUGAGCGACUACGAGGUGGCCACUGCCCAGGCCACUGGAAACGUCCAGGAGCUUUUCCAGGGGUUCAGCUACGCCGCCAGCGGCAGCUACAUAGACAAGUUUGGACAUCUCCGGAUGCUCGACAACGAUGUGAGCGUUUAG